AUGGCCGAACUUAUCGGCGGAGAAGUCGUGACGGAGCUCGUAAAACAGCUCUUCGCCGUAUCCAGAAAAGCCUUGAGAUGCAGAGGCGUCGCCGAGAAUCUCGCCAACAUGAUCGCAGGCGUUCAACCGACCAUCAAGGAGAUCCUCUACAGCGGAGUAGAAGUGAGCGCUCACCGCCAGGUUCAGCUUCGUAUGUUCUCCGAAACCUUAGACAAGUGCAAGAAGCUCACCGACAAGGUUCUCAAAUGCAACCGCUGGAACAUGGUUCGCCAGCUUUACCACGCCAAGAAAAUGGAAGACUUGGAGAAGAAGAUCUCCAGGUUCAUCCAGGGCUUGCCUCUCCACGUUCUCUGUGACGUUCAUCACCUUCGUGCUGACUCUGAGGUUCGGUUCGACCGGAUCGAUAGGGGCUUUGACAGCUUGAGUGAGAAGAUGGGGUCUAUGAAGAUCAGGGGUGGUGGAUUGGUGCAGGAGGAGAUGAAGGCAGGUGAAGCUGCGAUGACAGAUGGUGAUUUGGGGAACUUGGGGGUGGGGUUGGAGUUGGGAAAGAGGAAGGUGAAGGAGAUGAUGUUUGGUUUGAAAGAUGAAGGAGGACUUGUCGGGAUCUCGGGGAUGAGCGGUUCAGGGAAGACCACUCUUGCUAAAGAGGUUGCAAGGGACGAAGAUGUCCUAGGCCACUUUGGGAGACGGGUUCUGUUUCUGACAGUCUCACAAUCUCCUAAUAUUGAGGAACUGAAAGCCUGUAUAUGGGGAUUUCUUACUGGUAAUGAAGAUGGCUUUGGUGCCACUCUUCCUGAACCAGUCGGUCAGACACGGAGGCUGGUGAUCCUUGAUGAUGUUUGGACAAGGGAAGCACUGGACAAGCUGAUGUUUAACAUUCCUGGAACCACAACUCUUGUGGUCUCACGGUCUAAGCUAGCAGAUCCUAGAACAACCUAUGAAGUAGAGUUACUAAAUGAAAAUGAAGCAACGUCUCUGUUCUGUCUCUCUGCGUUCAAUGAGAAAUCAGUACCUUUUGGAUUCAGCAAAGUGUUGGUCAAGCAGGUUGUUGCUGAGUGUAAAGGUCUACCUUUGUCUCUAAAAGUUGUUGGUGCUUCUUUAAAAAGCCGACCUGAAAAAUACUGGGAAGGUGUAGUGAACAGGUUAUCAAGAGGUGAACCUGCUGAUGAAACUCAUGAGAGUAGAGUGUUUGCUCAAAUUGAAGCAACUCUAGAGACUCUAGACCCUAAAACCAGAGAGUGUUUCAUGGAUAUGGGUGCUUUCCCUGAAGACAAGAAGAUCCCUCUUGAUGUAAUCAUCAACAUGUGGGUUGAGAUGUAUGAUCUUGAGGAUGCAACUGCCUUUGCUGUUCUUGUUGAUCUAUCAAACAGGAAUCUCCUCACUCUUGUCAAAGAUCCAAGGUUUGGCGCUAUGUACACUAGCUACUAUGAUAUUUUUGUGACGCAGCACGAUGUUCUAAGGGACCUGGCACUUCAUCUUAGCAACCGUGGGAGAGUUAACAAAAGAGAGAGGCUACUGAUGCCGAGAAGAGAGUCAGAGCUUCCCAAGGAAUGGGAGAGGAGCAAUGAUGAGCCAUACAGUGCACGUGUAGUCUCCAUCCACACAGAGGAGAUGACUGAGAUGGAGUGGUUUGACAUGGAACUCCCUAAGGCAGAAGUUCUGAUAAUAAACUUCUCUGCGGAGAGCUAUGUAUUGCCACCUUUCAUUGCUAAGAUGGGCAGGCUCAGAGCGCUGGUGAUUAUCAACAACGGUAUGUCUCCUGCGCGUCUUCAUGACUUCACAACCUUUACCAAUCUGGCCAAACUCAAGAGUCUCUGGCUUGAGAGGGUUCAUGUCCCUGAACUCUCUACAAGUACCGUUCCUUUAAAAAGCCUCCGCAAGAUGUCUCUGAUCCUGUGCAAGAUCAAUAACAGUUUUGUCCAAACAUCAGUAGACAUGUCCCAGAUCUUCCCAAACUUGUCUGAUCUCACAAUAGAUCACUGUGAUGAUCUCGUGGAGCUACCAACGACCGUCUGUGGAAUCACCUCUCUCAACUCCAUCAGCAUAACAAACUGUCCACGCAUCAGCGAGUUGCCUAGGAAUCUGAGCAAGCUAAAGGCACUUCAACUUCUGAGGCUAUACGCUUGUCUGGAGCUGAAAGCUCUACCUGUAGAGAUCUGUGAGCUGCCGAGGCUAAAGUACCUUGACAUCUCUCAAUGUGUCAACCUGAGUUUUCUUCCAGAAGAGAUAGGAAAGGUGAGGACACUUGAGAAAAUCGACAUGAGAGAAUGCAGCUUAACGAACAUACCAAGCUCCGCGGCUUCAUUGACUUCUCUACGCCAUGUGAUAUGCGAUGUAGAGACUUUGUGGAUGUGGGAACAUGUCGAGAAGGUGGUUCCCGGACUUCGUGUUGAAGGAGCUGAAAAAUGCUUCAGCCUUGAUUGGCUCAACGAGUAGGAUCAAGUUGUGUGUAUGUUCCAUUAACGCAGGCUCAACAAGUAGGUUCGUAAUCUCCCCCCUCAUUGGCUUUGGGAGCGUGUUAUGUAAGCAACUUAUUGCUAAUCUGUAGCAACUAGCUAUAGCUUUUGUGUAUUUUCAUUCCUUGCAACUUCUUACUCUAUAUUCUUCACUAUUAAUCAUCCACUUAUAAAUAUAGCUGGCUUAUUAGUAGAUUUCAGACUA